AUGAAUUAAGAAACAACAAAUGUGAUUUUGGUGGUGAUUACAAACAAAGCUAAUAAAACUCUAGGACAUGAUAAAUAUUUUAAAGUAUUUAGUCAAUUUGGAACAAUUCAAAGAGUAAAAAUUGUUAUUACUCUAUUAUUUAUAGAUGCUAAUAUUUGAAAGAUCAUUAACUUGGAAAACAUUUAUAGAAUUUGAAUACCUAGAGUCAGCUAAUAAAGCUAGAUAAAUAAUGAAUGAUAAAUUAUUUUGUGAUGAUCCUUAAUUGCCCAUGAAUGUUUAUGCUAGUAAACUAACCUACAUUACAUUCCAAGAAAACAACACUGGUGGAGUUGGUAUAAUUUAUCAUUUACUCUAGAUUACACAUUAUUACGUAAAUAACAACAGCCAGCAUCUUAAUAGCCAUAGUAAUAGAUACCUAUUUAAUUAUUGUAAUCAUAAAUGCAAUUUUAAAAUCAAAUGUCUUAACAAAUUCAAUAAAUUAAUUCAGUAAUGGGAUAACUUUAAUUAGUGAGUGCUGAAGGUUUUUCUAUACCUACAGUAUCAUCAGUUGAUCUUUAAUCUUAAAUUGAAAAAUAGUAAUAAUUACUUAACUAGAUUUUUGAAUACUAAUCUAAUUUCUAACACUUAACUGAUUAAUAUCAAAAUUUUCUAUAAGGAGUUAAUAAAUCUGAUGAUCCAUCAUAAUAAAAUGUUCCAUCUAAACAAUUAAAUCGUAAAAAAUUAACAUUGCCUGCUGAAUAAUAAUAAAAGAAAAAUGAUUAGAUAGAAUUUUUGUAAAGUUAUUAAGAGAAUAAUAAUGCUGAUCCUCUUUGUGAUGCAUAUGAAGAUGAUUUAAAUUUUCAAGGAUUAGGAUUAAGAGAAUCAGAUAAUGAAAUAACUGGAUCUGAUCAAUGUGAAGAUGAAGAGGAUGAUGAAGAAUAACAUAAUGAAUUUUUACAAUAUUUUGAUUAGAAUUCAGAAAAUAAGAAUUAAAUCAAUCAAUUUUAAUAUAAAUUUGAAAAACCAUAAUAAAUUUUAUAAUAACCAUCUUAAAUUGUUUAAUAAUCUAUUUAACCAUCUUUUUAAUAAAUUUAGACAUCUAAUUAAGAUUAAUUUAAAAAUAAAAUGGUUAGAAUGCCAGUUUCAAAGAGUGUAACAUUAUAAUCAGUAGAAAAAUUUUAAUUUGACAAAAUGUAAUCAAGUGCAGAUAAAAUAGAUGAUUAUUCAAAUUCUAAAUUACUUUAAUGUAUAAUUUAAUUUUAAAUUUAAAUAGAAACUAAAAAAUCUAAAGUUAUUUAUGCUAGAUGGUUUGAUAGAAAAGUUGUUACAUCAUAAAUGUUAUAUAAUUUAUUUAGUAUCUAUGGCAAUAUAGAUAAAAUGAUCUAUUUAAAAGAAAGAUCAAGUGCUUUAAUACAAUAUAUGACAAAUGAUUAUGCUGCUAUUGCAAAAGAAUCUCUUAAUGAUAUAAUGUUUUACGGAUAAUCAAUUAAAGUACCAUACUAUUUAAAAAAAAGAUAUUUUUUUCAAAUUAUGAUGAAAUUUCAUUAAAAGUUUAACCAAGUAAACCUGGAGAGUAUACUUAAGAUCUGAAAGCUUAAGAAGAAUAUUUUUAAGGAGGAGAAGAAACACAUCGAAUUAAACCUGAAAGCACAUAUACUUUGGCACCUCCUUGUGAUACAAUAUAGGUAUCUAAUUUAACUAAGAAUUCUUGUUAAUUAAAUUUACUAUAACAAUACUUAUAAGAGUAUGGAAUUAUUAAACAAUAUAAGAUCAUUACAAAUGCAACUAAAUAUAUGGCUAUUCUUAGAUUUGCAAGUGCAGAAAUAGCACUUACUGUUUUGGCUAAUAAUAAUGGACUAGAAUUAGAUGGUAAAUCUAUUUAAAUAAAUUUCUCAAAAUAAAAACUAAUCUGA